CAAGUUGUCUCCACCAAAAGACGAUAUUUUAAUCCGAGAAUCAUGAUAAAUUACUAACGCUCAAUGGACAUUUCAUAUAACACAGAAAAACUUCCAACAACUUCGUCUGGAUAUACAUCGAGUCACCACAAAGCACAAAGACGUUUAAAACUCCUGCAUGAGCUUGAAGAUCGUAAACUUCAACUGAAUCAUGAUCGUUUAGCUAAAGCACAAAACAAGGUUUGCCGACAACUUGACUUACAACGUUUACAAUUUACACGAAGAUUUUCAGAAUCAAGUUUUAAUCCUUCUUUACUUACAGAAGAAUUAUCACCGAAAUUAUCAACAGUUGAUAGUACAACUUCAGAUAACAAGAGAAUAAGACAAAGAAAACAGAAUUCUUUCACUACUGAAGGUCAUAAUCCUCCUCCUCCUCGACGUCGUCUACGUUCUCAUGAAGAUCUAGAAGAAGAUAGUUUAGACUAUCCUCCUUUUUGGUUGAGAUUACGUUCUCUGGGUGUGCCUUCCGAUGAAGACAUAUUCCUUGCAGCAUUGGCAUGCAAAAGUAUGAACAUCAAUGAGAAACACAAACUAGACUGUGAUGAUGUCUUUGAACCUGUAUCUCAUCUAACCGAUGGAAGUCGAACUUCAAGAGGAAAUCAAAUCACUUCCAGUACACAACGUUCUUCCAGUGUCACAGGAGUAUAUGAGGCAUCUGAUAAUAAACUACUCAGUGCAAAAGGGUUAAAACGUUCUGCUAGUUUAGAAAAUAAAAAGCCUGACUGGUUAUUGGCAUUAUGUCAGAUGAAACGUGAAAAACUCUCUCGUCUUAAUUGUAAUACUCAAGAAGAAAUAGCUGCACUAGUUAGUGGUAAUAAAUUCUAUGAUUCGAAACGAUGUCAUGUAUUUAAUGUGAAAUAUCGACCACGUAACUAUCGUCUUAUUAAAUCGCACAGACAUACUGUUGUCGGUAUGACAAAUGAAUUUACACGAAUAUAAAUUAUGGUGAAAACAGAGGUCAUUUUUAAGAACUGUGCCUUUUUUGUGACGACAAGUGGGUGUGUGUGUGUGUGUCAGUUUUCACUUUUUUGUAGUAUUUUUGAUAUAUAUUUGCAUAUACGCAUACAUGGUAGUGAGUUUCCUUUUUUGUUUUUCAUCUACGUUAUUAAACAUGUAUGAUGUAAUCUAAAUUUCAACCUUAAUGAAUAUAUCUGUUCAUACUGUUGUCUAAA